UAAUUUUUAUCCAACUAUAAAGACAUGUACCCAGACCCGAUACCCGAAUUUGCAGAAUCAGUUAGUGCAUGCAAUUUGCUGUGAUUAUUUUCUUUAUAUUAAGUGAAUAUAUAUAUCGAAGGAGACCCUCAAAGUUCCAAACUGACCUAUUCUCAGAAGCUUUCGGUGGACGAGGACGAGUUCGGGGAUGAUCUCGAUGCAGUUGUAGCCAUUUGCACUCAGGUUUGGCUCUGUCUUCAGAUGGGGCUGCCACAUUCGAUCCACACCACAUAAUAUCAGUUUAUAUUGGUUAUAUUUGGACGAAUAAGAAACGGGAGAAGGUAUGGUGACGUUGCUCGCUACCUAUAAACUCUGACUGGCUACAGAUGCUCACUCAGUACAAACUACUGAAUCAGUUAGUCUUAGUCAGGUCAUAGUUUAAAAUAUUUGAUUGGGUUUUGGAUAAAAUCAAAUCUAGAUUAUCCCCCAUGUAUUAAGCAAGGAUUGGAAAACGUACAUCGGUGUAUUGCAGGUGCAAAUUAGGGUUCUUAAUCAUGAAUAUCGAUAUUGAUUAUUUCAAGUUGGACAUUGAUGAACUUAUUGGUGAAUUCACUCAGAAUGUGUCAACAACUUUGGCUGACAUGAAAAGAGUAUGGCUUUCGAGGAAGUUCUCCUACAUAUAUGAAGCUUGUCCUUCUACCAACCUGGCCUUCUUUAUGCAAUCAUUGUAUGCUCAUUGUAUAGGUUACAUUGUUGGUACUGCUUCUUUAUCACACAGAUUAGGCGGCUUUUAUUGCCUCUACUGUCUUUACGAGACUCAACCCUUUAAUCCUUCUUUUAAGGUCUACCUAUCUCUUGAGGAAUUAAAGAAACUUAGAAUACUUGUGGCUGAUGCCAAAGCCAAUGAUAUUAAAGCGGUACCUGCUAUAGUAAAGAGAAUGCUCGAAAGAAAUGUUUUCCUUUUUGGCUCUGUCGACUUGAUUGAAGGCAGUGUUGCAGAGACUGUAAACCAACUCCAACAAAUACAGAAUGCCCGUAUUCAAGUUGCAUAUGACAAGUUAUUUGACAGCUCUUCAAUUGAUAAAUAUAUUCAGAUGGACCUUGGCGUGGAAGUUGAACUCAAUUUGCUUAAGAACAAGUCAUUGGGAUAUGCUGCGGCCAAGAAUGUGGCCAUUCAAGAGGCAAGCGGUAUUUUAGACGUUGAAAACAUAAAGCACAUACAAGAAGAUAAGCAACUGAUUGUAGAUGUAGUAGAGAAGGUUGCUAAUGACUGGCAUGCCCAGAAACAAGCAUUUUAUAAACAAACAGGAUUGGGGGAGGACGAUGAAUAUGAGAAGGAACUGGAGCAAUUACUUCUAGAUCAUCAUCCACAUAGUGGAGAUUCUAACCAAGAUUGAAGACUAUUGAAAGUAAUCAAAGUUUAUGUAUUUGUUUCAUUGACAGUUUUAACUGUCUUUUGUCCUUUAGACAGUUUUUAUUAGAGACUCUUGCUUUCAUGUAAUGCAGUUUUUCAGUUUUUUAUGUAUGACAGUAACUUUUGUUUCUCUCCAAAUCCUGUCUUCUCUGCAUAAGGUGUGUGUGUGUGUAUGCUAAUGGUUUUUAUCUUAAGCCCAACAGUUUUUUGUAUUGAGAGCCAAGUUCUAAACCUGUGUGAGGAAGAGUAAAAGUGCAUUACUGUGAGUACAGAUAUGGCUACAACGGAUGCCACACCAGGGAAUCUUCCUGUGUUUGAUGGGCAAGGAUAUGAUGAUUGCUGCGUGAAGAUAGAGGCUAUCUCUGGCUUCCAAGAAGUUAAUGAUAUUGUGAAUAUUGGCUUCCAAGAACCUCCCAAGAAAGCUCUGGAGGAUCAGCAACAGACUUAUAAGGCGAACAAAAAGUUGGAUUGCAAAGCAAAUAUGGGAUAUGUUGCAACAGACGUAUAUGGAUGCUUGCAAACCUAAGAAGGUACAUUUGCAAUCCAGGCGGAAACAAUUUGAACUCUUCUCUAUGACUGAUUAAAAAUUGAUUGCUGAGUAUUUUAACAAGAUUCAAACCAUUUUUAAUGGUAUGCGUGCAUGUGAUGAGACUGUGGAAGAUAUCAAAAUUAUUGAGAAGGUGCUUCAUACCUAACCAAGAUUUGGCCAUAUCAUUGUGCCCAUAGAAGAAUCGAAGGACUUGGAGGCAAUGUCUUUUGGGGAGUUACAGAACUCUCUUGAAGCUAAUGAGCAGAGAGUGGUUGACAGAAAGAAUAGUGAAAGAGCAGUAGAGCAAGCUCUACAGGCCAAAACUGGUCAGAGUAGCAAGGGGCGUGGUGGCUGGAAUAUGAGAGGCAGAGAGAGAUUCAGAGGCAGAAGAAAUGGAGACAAAAACAGUGAUUUUGUUUCUCAGGAACACUCCUCUAAUAGUGGCUGUGAUAGGAAAGAAGGCACUUAAUAUAGAGGGUGAGGAAGAGAUGGCAAGAAGAAAGUGGAUUAGAGGAGAAAAUUCGGUGCUACAAUUGUAAUAAAUGGGGUCACUAUUCGUAUGAGUGUUGGCAAGAUAGUGGAAACAGAAAGGGAAAGAAGAAUGAUGAAGCAAAUCUGGUGCGAGAGAAGAUGGGUCUGAUUCAGACCAAGUCUUGUUGAUGGCAACCACAGCCACCAACGAAGACUGCACAUCCUGGUAUUUAGAUACAGGAUGCUCAAACCUCAUGACUAGGAAUAGGAACUGGCUGGUUGAUCUCAAUCCGUGCGUAAAGAAUAAUGUGAAAUUUGCAGAUAAUGGCAUAAUUGUGGCUGGAAGCAUAGACAAGGUGCUGAUCAAACGAAAAGAUGGAAAAUCAACCUUCAUGAAUGAUGUGUUGUAUGUUCCCACCAUGAGAAAAAUGUACUCAGCUUGGGACAAUUGUUGGAAAAGGGCUACACAAUGAACAUGCGGUGGAAUCAUAUCGAAAUCUUUGAUUCCAAGAACAGAUUAUUGAUCAAGGCACCACUGUCAACCAAUAGAACUUUUAAGUUGAAUUUGGAAGCCACUGAAAUUCAGUGUUUAUCAGCCACCACUUUUGAGGAGCAGAAUUGGUUGUGGCAUUAUAGAUGUCACAUUUUAAACUUUAAAAGUUGAAAUCAGCUGAGUAGCAAACAAAUGGUGUGUGGUAUGCCACCAAUUUGUCCACCUUUGAAGACUUGUGAAGGGUGUGUUGUAGGGAAACAACCAAGGAAGGUCUUCAAAGUCACUGCACCUCAUAGAUCGAAGCAACCACUUGGAGUGGUCUAUUUGGAUGUGUAUUGGUCAAUUGACACAACAACUCUUGGAGGUAAACAGAUAUUUUGUUUCCUUUGUAGAUGAACUUACAAGGAAAAUCUGGAUAUACUUGAUAAAGGAGAAAAGUGAAGUGUUUAUUGACUGGAUAUAAGCUUUGGAGUAGGCAUUAUAAGCAGGUUCAUGCACAAGCCGUGAGCCCCUCACAUGGCUGCUGCAAAAUACAUUCUGAGAUACCAAAAGGGUACAGUUGGUUAUGGUCCAUUGUUUCCUAAAGGUAUUGAUAAUAGUGCAGCUACUUUGGAGGCCUUCUCUGAUUUGGACUGGAGUGGUGGCAAGGUAGAGAGGAAGAGCACGUAUGACUCUGGUGGGGGUGUGUAUGCUACUAUUUUUUAUCUUAAGCCCAACAAAGACAACAAUAUGAGGCGUAGGAGGGGUUACUUAAUGGUUAGGGGAUUCAUAGGGAGUCUCAAAGAAGUAAUGUGUUUUACUUUUUUCCUGUUACCAAAUGAAACAAAAUUGAUCGUAUAAUGUUUAAUUUCAUUAUUCUAUGUUAA